AUGGCACUCUGCUUGAAUCAACUACUCGACAACAAACGAUCAUGCCCAUUCAUACUCGUCAACGAUUCGGUUCAGUUCUCGGCGUUGCCUCUCCUUGCUGAAUUCGCGUACUCGGCGCUACGAGACGAUCAGCCUGUUGUCGCCAUUCUCACCGAGACUUCUCCCAAGGACUGGAUCGAUCGUGUUGCUUUUACAGCCAAAGGACAAUUGAAGAACAUGCACGUUAUCGACGCCUAUACGGAUCCCUUUGGUUGGGAUAAGGAUACGACUGAAUCAGCACAUGCAGGCAUUGGAUCGAUGCACACUGUACGCAAUCUACGCCAGUUGGGCGACGCACUUCUUGCACCUAUCAUUCAAAAGACUCAGCAUUCAGCAGGCUGUUGUAUCAUGAUCGAUUCGCUACAUCCACUACUAUUGAUCUCUCGACGUCAAACGUAUCAACUUGUUAAGGCCCUUGAAUCACUCACAACAGACACAAUCAAACUCAUUGCAGGAUACCAUGGAGAUAUACGGUUGCCAAGCGAAGCACCCCCUGUGAUUCCUACAUUCGACGCAUUGAAUAGGCUUGCCUCAGUUAUUAUCUCGCUCGAAGCUCUUCCUGAACGCAAGAAUGAUACACAAGAAGCAUUAACCGGCUUUGCACCCAAACCAACAUUUUCAUACAUGAACACCAUGUCAAAUCGAGUGGAUCGUGGUGGAUUGGCACGUAUUGAAUGGCGUAAAAAGAGCGGCAAAGUACAGUAUGCCACUGAAGGAUUCUAUUUGGGCAGUAAGGGAUUGAUCAUUGUUGCUGCACCUCAACUCACUGGUGAAGAGCCUGAACCUGAGGUCGAUAUGGAUGACAGCAUGGCACAACCUGAUCCAACAGCAAAUCUCUCCUUUAAUUUAUCAUUGACGGACAACCAACGACGUGCCAAGGAUAACGUGGAACUCCCAUUUAUGAAAGUGCAACAAGAGACAACGAGUACUAGUGGAGGACACAUUUAUUAUCAGCCUGAUGCCGGUGAUGAUUUUGAUGACGAAGACCCAGAUGAUGAUUUGGACAUUUAG